AUGUUCAGCAAGAAGAAGAAACGCCUCGAAAUCUCUGCUCCUUCCAACUUUGAGCACAGAGUUCACACCGGAUACGACCAGCAAGAGCAGAAAUUCACCGGGCUGCCGCGGCAAUGGCAAGGGAUCAUCGAGGAGUCGGCCAAGCGCCCCAAACCGCUGGUGGAUCCUGUCUGCAUCACCACCAUCCAGCAUGGAUCCCAGAAGACCAUCGUACGGGGCAACAAAGCCUCCAAGGACGGUUCCCUGACCUGGCUGCUGGAUGAGUUUGAGAACAUGUCCGUGUCCCGUUCCAAUUCUCUGCGCAGGGACAGUCCACCCUUCCCACCCCGUCGCGACCAACUCUACCUCGGCCUCACCGAACCUCCGGCCGCUUCCCGGCCUCACCAGGACGUCGGCAGGAGUAAGGAGAAGAGUCGUCACGGGGCCAGGAACGAGCUAGAGCAGGGCAAGGAGAAAUCCCGGGAGAGGGAGGACCAACGUGCUCACCACCAUCAUCACCAUCAUCACCAUCAUCACCAGCAACCCCGUGGACAGGAACCUGGCCCCAAACCCCCUCCCCACACCAGCAACCGCCCACCCCCUCCUGAAUAUCCCAAAACCCCGGCUGAGCGGGACGGUUGGCGGGAUCACCCCAGCGAUAAGGACUCCAACGACCCGGCUGAGCGGGUGAUACGGCGAGAACGUCCCGAAACUUCUGAGAAACGCCCCAAAUCCACUUACACCACCGGUGAGACCAGCCCACAAUCCCCCCGGGACAAACGCCCGCUCUCAGGGCCCAAUAUCCGGACUCCCAACAUUCCCAUCUCCGAAGGGGUGAUGAAGACAGCUCAACAGACAGGACGACCCUUUAAUACCUACCCACGAGCCGAGACCGACCCCGGCAGGGGCGCGGGCUCACAGGUAAAGCUUCCCCCUUCCCCUCUCCUUCGGAUCCGCUCGGCAGCGACCUCUCCUCCUCCCCCCCUGGGGAAGCUUUGCCACGCUCGGCCUCUCUCCUCCACCUCCUCGAACAGCAGCUGCCCGAGCAAGCGCCGCCCCCCACCACCACCAUCAGCACCUCCGGCGGGGUCACAGCAACCUCGUUCUCCUCAACGCGAACCUCAACGCGUCUCCCACGAGCAGUUUCGGGCGGCGUUGCAGAUGGUGGUGGAUCCUGGAGACCCUCGGACUUACCUGGACAACUUCAUCAAGAUCGGGGAAGGUUCCACCGGCAUCGUCUGCAUCGCCACCGUCAAGAGCACCGGCAAGUUGGUGGCCGUGAAGAAGAUGGAUCUAAGGAAGCAGCAGCGGCGCGAGCUGCUCUUUAACGAGGUGACGUAG